AUGCCAACUAAUAAUAAUAAUAAUAAUAAUGACAAUAAUAAUCAACACUCAAUAUCAUUAGAAGGCGCAAUACCAAGUGUAACGUCUAUUGUUUGGUCAGCUGGACGUACACGUGCUCAAGAAGCAAUUAAUGUUUAUGCUAAUUUAGAUUUACUUCGACCGUAUUUUGAUGUCGAACCUAAAGAACUCGUACAGCGAUUACUUCAUUCUUUAACUCCUCGGUGGCCAUCACCAGAUGAAAAUAUCAAACCUGAAUUAUAUGGACCAGCAAUGAUUGUUUUUACAUUAGCAGCGAUAUUAAUUUAUCAAAUGAAAUUAUCAAGUCAUUCUGUACAAGAUGGUACAUUAAUUGGAACAAGUUUUCUUAUUUGUUUUGGCUAUUGGAUUGGUUCAAGUUUUGCUAUUUCAUCCAUGUCAUUUGUUUGUAAUACACACCUUACUCUCAUGCAAAUUCUUAGUAUAAAUGGUUAUGCUUUAUUCAGUCAUACUGUUGUCCUUCUUAUUGCUACAUUCAUUCAUACGGGUCAUGAUCAUUUAUUAUUUUAUGGUCUUUGGCUUAUUGUUGGUGGUCUAGCUGCUGUUAGAAUGAUGUUGUUAAUUAUGGCACGAACAAUUAAUCCACGUUAUCGAAUCCUUCUUGGACUUUUCGUUGUAGCAAUUCAUAUGUUUUUUCUACUUUAUCUUCAUUUUGCAUAUCAUGAAUUAGCUGAAACUGUAUCUCAUGCAUUGAAUAAUGAAGCAACUGUUUCAAUGGAUUUACCUGUUAAAUCGCUUACUCCUCAAUCAGUUAAUGCAGCUGCCAAAUCAAACGGUAAUUUUUGA